AUCGAAUGAGGGCAUAGUUAGUUGUGAUAUAUGCAAGAAUUAGAAAGGACAUCGGGCCUAUGUAAGAUAUGUAACCUAUCCAAACAAGGUUUACUGAUUACUUAUUUCGGCAUGUGUAACCCAUCCAAACACACCUGAUACCCAUACCAUGCACAAUUUGAGCAAUAAACCCCUGAGUCUGAGUUUGGUUUUAGUUUUAAAACCAACAAACCCCCACCCAAAUCAAUCAUGCUCAAAUGUCCGGUAAGGCCAGGAACAUUACCAGGCUGGUGAAUUCCGCUACCACCUUCACCUACUCCGAUCGCACCGCCAAAACCCUAGCCCGUACCGCUGCCACCACCACCUCCGCCGCCAACGACGUAACCCUAGCAAACUACAUCCGAUUCACUCCAGACUCUUCUUCUUCGCUAUCCAAAACAUCUGUUAAACCUCUUAGUGAACUCACAGUUGAGAGCAUUAGAGUUAACGCUUCUUCGAUUGACGAUUCGAAGAGUGAACUUAAGGGGCAAUUAAAAAAUAUAUUGUGUGGUGUGGAUGUUAUACCAGAAUCAGAAGAGGAUGAUUAUCAGCAACCUUUGGUAAGUCUUUUGGAAUUAAGAUGGCACCAACCGUUAUCCAACAGCGUGGCACAUUUGAAUCGCAAAGAAGUAUCACGGGACAGGAAGCAGUUAUGGGUUUUCAAGAGUACGCAAAGCAAUCGGUUUGGGAGAUUGGUUAAAAUGUGUGCAGAAAAACUAGGGGCAAAUGCUACUUUAGAAGUUUUUCGUAAACUGGACCGUGAGACGGGUGUUAAAGAGUUCAAUUUCAUGAUAGAACAUUGCAUAGAGAAGGCUAGGAAUGCAGUUGACGAGGAUGCUGCUUUGGAAGAGUUCCAUAGGGCAUACGUGCUUUUCGAAAUUAUGAGGGAACGCGGUUUUACAAUCGGGGAAGAAACUUACGGACCGUUUUUGUUGUUUGUCAUUGACAUGGGCAUGGUUGAAGAAUUUCACUUUUAUUGUGAUCACAUUAAGAAGGAUAAUCCGAAAUCUCUUCAAAGACUAGCGUACUACGAGAUGCUUCUGUGGAUAAAAGUCGGCGAUGAAGAUAAGAUACAAAAGCUAAUCGGAGAUACACUUGACACCGAUGAUUCUAACUUCAAUGAAAACUAUUUGCUAGCUUUGUGUGAAGCGGAUCGUCAAGAGGAGGUUUCGAUACUUUUAGAUUCAAUAAAUAUAAAGAAAGUUUCUUCAAAGGAGAAUAUGGAAAUGAUUUUUAAAUCGUUGGGAAAGCUUUUAUUGGAGUCGCACGCAAAGAAGUUUAUAGUUGAACUUAAAACAGAAGGUAAAGGCGGGAAUGAUCUAUCGAACUUGAUUUAUUGUUAUGCCAUGAGCAUGCCAAAGAUACAUGUUGAAGACAUUGUUGAAAAGUUCAAAAGUUUGCAUGCUGAAUUGAAGGUUGCCACAUCAUCUGGAUCUCAUGGGAAUCUUAUUAAAGCCUGUUGUGAUUCACACGAGGUACAUUUGGCAAUUGAUUUAGUCGAUUCUAUGCUUGAAGACGGCUUGGAAGUGAAGACAAUGACGGUCAAUUAUAUACUGACUGCAUGUUUUGCUAGCUUUGAGUAUACAUUGGUCCAUCGCAUUAAUUCCAUAAUAAACGACCAUGAAAGCAUUAAACCGAAUGCUGAGACCUUCAGACUUAUGAUAAGCAUGUAUGUGAAAUUGAAUGAUUUUGAUAGAGCAUAUGGCAUGAUUAAAGAUCUGGAGAAAUUGAAGUUACUUCCUACUGCUAACAUGUACAAUGCUAUAAUGGGUGGUUACUUUCGACAGAAAAACUUUCAUAAAGGAAUGAUGGUUCUUAAACAAAUGGAUGCGACAAAUGUCAAACCCGAUUCUCAAACUUUCAGUUAUAUUAUAGGCAAUUGUAAUAGUGAAGAUGAUAUCAUAAAGUAUCGAAGAGAAUUGCAUGAAGCAGGAGUUCAACCUACGAAACACAUUUUUAUGGCACUUAUAAAUGCAUAUGCAGCUUGUGGAUUAUUUGAGAAGGCUAAACAGGUUCUUUCAGACAAAGUUAUUCAUUCUGUUAAUAUGAAUGAAGUCAAAAGUGUGCUUGUUUCUGCACUUGCUACAAAUGGCCAAUUGGCUGAUGCCCUUGACGUUUAUGAUGAAAUCAAACAAACUGAUGCAAAUUUGGAGCCAAAAGCCAUUAUAAGUCUUAUUGAACAUCUUCAAUCUGAAGGUGAGCUAAGUCGAUUACUUCUGCUACUGAACCAAUUACACGAUCCAGAACUCUGGGAUGAUGGAUGUGCUAGGGUUAUCUCGUAUUGUGUUCGCUACAAACUUUCAGACUCGGCCGUUGAGUUACUCAAGCAACGUAUGGAGAAGUCAAACACCAAUGAGAUGGUUAUCGAUGUUCUUUUUGACGAGGUUUUUUGCCAAAUCGCUGAGACAGAACCACCUGAUGUGCAAUUCGGGUUGGAUCUACUUCAAGCCCUUAAAAACGACAUCGGGAUUCGACCAUCAAGAAAAAGUCUGGAUUUUCUCCUUAGUGCUUGUGUUAAUGCCAAGGAUCAAGAACGUUCUUUUUUAGUUUGGAACGAAUAUCAGACGGCUGGCCUUCCUUAUAAUGUCUUAAGUUAUGUAAGGAUGUAUCAAGCACUUUUAGCUUCAGGAGCCCAUAAACGUGCUAAGGUUUUACUAGAAAAUAUACCCGACGAUGACCCAGAUGUGCGUGGUGUCUUGAAAGCAUGUCAAGAAACUUUCGGCAAAACCGCCCCCGUGAGAAACAAGGGAAAAAAGAAGAAAAAAAAUCGUGUCCCGGAAGAAUGUGUAGAAACUUUGGGCGAAAUCGUCUCUGUGAAAAGUGAGGGAAAGAAGAAGAAGAAAAAGAAGCCAAAAUAGAGUUACACGAAGCAAAGACGGGGACACUAACAUGAAUAAACACUAAAAUUAGGUUACAAUACGAGUGUUAAGCCGGAGGAUAGUCGAGGUUUGGUUAGUCGAAGUACCUUUUAGGGUUGCGUGUUUGGUUCUUUGUCGAUCCCUCGGGUAUUAUGGGAUUGUGAGGUGACAUCUUAAUUCUUCACUUGGUCGUUUAUGAUCAAGUGAUUGAUCGUCAAAAUUGUAACUACCUAGAUUAGUUAUUGUAACGGCAACGUUUAAAAAAACUUUUGAUUAGAGCUAUUGCUUAUAUUACUGUUAUCAAUCAAUUUUAUUGAAAUUAUUGAAAUGGGAUGUAAUCAUAUUAUAUAUACCUUUUUAACAGUAA